AAACCGGUGGCCCUGACGCUUUCGUUUUCGAAGGCUCUGGAAACGAUCCUAUCUUCAGGGAGGCUAUAAAUUCGGCUUCCGUUCGAAUUCUCUCUAUCAUCCGUAUCGCUUUCUCUCUCAUAUUCGUCUCUGUCACUCUGUAUAUCGGUAUCUCUCUCUCUCUCUCUCUCACGUACACACACGCACAUAGUUUCUAAAGGCGAGCCGGAGCUUUGGAUUGUCAAUCGGAUCCCGCCGUUUGUUAUCGGAUUCGGAUCGGCCACUGCACCGCUUGUCGUUCCCGAUUGAAAGUUCGUUAUUCUUUAAGAAAUUCAUAUAAUUCGUAGUCUGUUUUGAUCUGAAUGGCUUUAAGUUUGCGUUAAUUGUUCAAAUCGUAGGUAAUUUGGUGCUGCAGUUUUUUUUAAUUCUGUGUGUUUGUGUGCUUAAGCGUUAGGUGUGUUUGAUAUGUUAUGGUGUUAAUGCUGAGCUUUUGAUUUCGCAGUAACGUAUUUUCAAUGAAUUGUGUUUAUGCUUCAUUUUUCUGUUGCUGUAUUGUUCAUCAUGCAUUGCGUGGAUUGCUGUGGAUUUGAUUUGGUGAAUGGUUUUAUGUUCCAUUUUGUGCUGUUUGAAUUUGUGUUGUUGGUUUUGUGAUGAUUUUUGACUGGUUGACUGUGACGAAUUUGGUUGUUGCUGCUGCUGCUGAUGAUGACGAUAAUCGAUAUGUUUGGUUUAGCUAAUUUUUGAAAGAAAUGUGAUCCGCCUUGGUUAUUUCUUCUCGUAGAUAAUCUUUUCCGUGCAUGAAAUUUAUGUCCAGGAUGAAAUGCUAUGUGAGACCAUUGGUUUUCCCUUGGAAAGAAGCCACGUCUAACUUUUUGUUUGUAAUUUCUACAUUUCGUUUAUUUGUGGAUGUGAUCAUCAUGAGUAUUACAGAGGGAGAGGAGGGAAAUAGAAAAUGGGUAGCUGUGGAACAUGAUGCAUUUGUUUUGUAUCAUAGGUGAUUCUACUCAACAAGGUUUUUUGUUUCCUCUUUACUGACGGUGCACUUUUUUUGGUUGAGAAACUAGAAACAAAAUUAGGGCGGUGAAAUCUCUCUAUUACUUGCCACUUGAUUUCAAGCCAACUGUUGAAUAAUAACAUACCCAAAUGGAUACGUGAUGUGACUGGGUUAUAGUAGGUCUUUUUUUAUUUGGACGAGGAUUUAUAGUAAUUGGAUAGCAAAUAGAGUUCAUGCUUGUGGGGUGAAAUGAAUGGCAAUUUGGUCCUUUUGUUGUGAUUGUUCUAUAUAAGCUUCUGAAAUAGGCGUGUGAAGUUUGUGAGUAUUGUCAGCCAUCAUCCCCUCUUUAUGGCCGGUGCAUCCCGUUUGGUGUACCUCAGCCUCUUGUUUCUGAAGCAGCCCUUGUUCAUCCAGGAAACACCAAGGUCAAUGUUGUUGGGCCUUCCUCUGGACCUUGGUUUCAGUUUCUGUUACUGAGGACGGGAAAACAUUACAGCUUGUGUUGAGUCUACAGCUUGGUUGCAGCUUGAGCCUUGUGGAUCUUUGUUAAAUUUAAGGAGACUGCUUUAACAAAUUACAUAAGAUAAUUUUCUUUGUUUUUAAUUGGGUUGCAUUGAAAGAUAGGGCAGCAUACGGGGGGGCUUAUUCCUUUGGGUUUUUCUUUUAUUGUUAAUAUUGAGUUUCGGCAGUAUUCUGCAGGGCUGUUGUAUCUGUACCAGAGGUGAAAUUUCCAACUCCAGAGUGUAUAUGCUGGUUUAUCGGGGUUCUGAUUGAGGGGUUUGAAUGUCUUUCCGGUAAAAAUGGUUCUUCACAUCUCCAUCCGAAGAUGUCAGCGUAUAUUUCUAGUUAGAUCUUGUGGCUCCUCUUUUUUGGCGCCUAUAUCCGUGUAUUACCCCCAUAGUGAAUAUUCCGCACUGAAACUCUUAUUGCGGAAACAUCAUUUUCUGAGUUGUCUCAUCUGCCCCCUUGUGCUAAUCGGAGCAUUUGUCUGCUCCUGGUUAUGAGUUUCAAUGCUCAUACUCCAAGUACAUUGUUGUUCAUUUCAUCCCUAAACCUGUUAUUAAGUUGUAAGUAGGUUAGUAGAGACAAGAAUGGUGCUCCACUUAGCUGGUUGGGACUUAGCCUUGCAUGGGUGCCGUGGUCCUGGAAGGAGAGUUAAUUUUCUCUGAAGGAAAUCAAGAGAUGAAAGUUGUGAUUCUUUUUGUAGUUCAUAACUCAACUACAUAGAUGAUGAGAGAACUCCACAAGUUUCAAGCAGUGACACUCAAAGUCUGACGGUAUAGAAUUUUUAAGAUUUUGCCUAUUGGGUAAGUUCAGUACUCGAAGCAGACAUGGUGGAUAAUUUCCAUUUAAGGUUGGGGUGUCAAUUCGUCGUGCCCAGUAUAGUUGGAUUUGGUUCUGGGACUUCUUCAAGGAAUCAAGUGAUGCAAUGUUAUUGCUUACUUUCAACAGAUGGAAGCUCUGGAGUUCCCCAGCGCUGCAUUGUAGUUAUUGUUUGGGAUUCUUAUAGAUCUACUUGUUUUGAUGAAUCCUCCUCUCGGAGAAAUGCUGAUUGGAGCUGUUCAACCUUGCUUGGCUUUUGUUGUUGCUGAUUUCAAAUGUCUGCAGCAUUAUAGAAGAAAGCAGAGUGUCAUGGGGUGUUUGCCUGGCUUGAUCGGGUGACUAAUAUGCCCCUGAGGAUUAACCAUUGUUGCUAAAUAUGUUUGUACAUGCAGGUGCUUUAGGCCUUCUGCAAGCUUCUAAAUAUUAUCAUAUCAAUUUGGAGAUAAGCAACAUAGAAUGGUUAGACAGAACAAAAUGGAGGAUGCCCAUUUGAAUCUAUCGUGCAUGCUCACUGUAGAAUCAAAAGUAGAAUCAAAGGAUACUGGAAAGGCCACUGAAUUGUUGGAGAGAGGACAUAUGGAGUAUGGAUGUCCACACUACAGGCGAAGGUGCCGCAUUAGAGCUCCUUGCUGCAAUGAGAUUUUUGAUUGUCGCCAUUGUCAUAAUGAAGCAAAGAACGAUAUUAAUGUCGAUCAGAAGCAUAGGCAUGACAUACCACGUCAUCAAGUCAAACAGGUGAUAUGUUCACUUUGCGGCACUGAGCAAGAGGUUGGACAAGUUUGUGUUAACUGUGGUGUAUGCAUGGGGAAAUACUUCUGUGGGACUUGCAAGCUAUUCGAUGAUGAUACGUCUAAGAGACAGUACCACUGCAAUGGAUGUGGAAUAUGCAGAAUCGGAGGGCGUGAGAAUUUCUUCCACUGCUACAAGUGUGGCUGCUGCUACUCAAUUAUGUUGAAAAACAGCCACCCUUGUGUGGAAGGAGCAAUGCAUCACGACUGCCCUGUUUGCUUUGAGUUCUUAUUUGAAUCAACAAAUGAUGUUACGGUGAUGCUGUGUGGACACACUAUUCACAAGGAUUGCUUAAAAGAGAUGAGGGAGCAUUAUCAAUAUGCGUGCCCUCUUUGCUCCAAAUCAGUUUGUGAUAUGUCCAAGGUAUGGGAGAAAUAUGACAUGGAGAUUGCAGCUACACCAAUGCCUGAACCAUAUAAAAACAAAUUGGUUUGGAUCCUCUGCAACGACUGUGGGAAAAGCUCACAAGUGCAGUACCAUGUUGUGGCCCAGAAAUGCCUGAACUGUAAAUCCUACAACACUCGCCAAACGAGAGGCUGAGCUAGUGGCUAUGGUUGCAUCAGAAUUGAUCUUGGCUUUGGCUAUUAUUGUGCAGCUACGUGUGUCACAAGACUCGCAACAAUGGGGCUCCGUACACUCUUUUGACCACCUGGCUAUAUCAGUGGAGGACAAAGGGAAUUGUGGUCCUGCGAUUGUCUUCUGUUGGAAACCAGUGGCUGAAUGCACCGUUGCGAUUCGCUUUUUGUUUCUGUGUUUCUUUUCCUCGUCUAUUUAUUUAUUUACUUUCGUAUGUAUGGUUUCCCCUUGUAAUUAAGCCAAGAGUAGCCAUGAUGAUUUCUCGAUUUAUCAUCUGGAUGGAUGAUCUCUUGUUUUCCUCUGUAUUCCUUUCUCCUUUGAUUCUCGAUUGCGUUUGGUUUUUCGAACAGUAUCCACCACUCCGGCAAAGGCAUUCAAAUGGUAUCCACUCCUGCUAAGGCACCGCACCUGAGCUUCGGUUCACCUGUUUCUGUGUGGAUGUAGGAGUGGGUAUUAAGAACGUUGACAUGUUUGAGACAAAGUGGAGGGAGUUUGAUUCGGAAGCGGCACGAGUUGAUGUGGAAAAAGACAAUCGUACCCCUUUUUAGGCGCAGUUUUAUGCAUUCAACUCGCACAGCUGGAUCAUUGACCAUGGUUUUCCUAUAAACUCAUCUUAUUCGUGUAGUGGUUAUAGGAUUUGGAAAUUGAUGAGGGCGUUGGCCUGCAGGUGUUCCUCACUAUGAAGAAGAUGAUUGUUAUUUGAA